CGAAAGUAUUAAAUGUCAAAUUAGAAGAUGUCGAUGUAGUUAAAUGGAAUAAGUGUUGUUUGAUGAGGUUCUUGUGUAUGGAAAGCUAACACAAAUACAUGGAAAGAUCACUGACACGUCGAGACAAGAACCAGAUAUCACGAUGGAUUGGCAGGGACAGUCACUUUGAGCUUCUAUACAAAAUUAGCCGGGAUGGAGGAUCAACAGAGGUGUUCCAUGAGUUGUGUGAUAACAAAGGACCCACUGUGACCAUUUUCUACAACACAGACAACAACGUGUACGGGGGGUACCUGUCAGACAGCUGGGAGAGUACCGGAAGCUGGUGUACAGAUCAGCGAGCGUUCUUGUUCAAGCUAUAUUCUGCUGGUAACUGGAAACCAGUAAAGUUCCCAUACGUAACAAAAGAAACCCAUUAUAAAAAUAAAGCAUACGGACCAUGGUUUUAUUCGUUAUAUUCAACUUAUUUAAAUAUAACCACGACUGGUAAACCGCCGUCAAACUAUUACAAUCUUAACUCUUCAAAUUUGUUUGACGGUCAAAGAUUUGACAUGAAAGGAGAAACUGCCCAAUCUGUGGCAAACGGUCACAACAACGUCACAGAUCUGGAGGUCUACCAGGUGAAGGAAGCUUCUUUAGACGAUGAACUGCACUCUUUUUGGAGGGAUUCAGCAGAAUGGAGUCCACAGACUUUUCAAGAAUUAAAAGAAUUUGUCGCAAACUACAAACCUUUUGAAGAGAUAAAAAUCCCAGAGGUCAACAUCCUACUCAUUGGUCCGGUUGGUGCAGGAAAAUCUAGCUUUUUCAAUACCAUUAACACAAUUUUUAAGGGCGAAAUGUCAUCCCGUGCAUGCUCUGGAAGCGCAGAAUUCAGUCUUACACAAAAGUUUUGCAAAUUCCGGGUUCGUGACCCUACUACAAAAAAGCACCUUUGUUUCCGGAUCUGCGACACCCGGGGCGUGGAGGAAGGAGUCUCCAUUAAUGGUGAAGACUUAGGUUUUCUCCUUGAUGGAAACCUCCCAAACAAUUACACUUUUCAACUCGAUUCGGAGGCGUCAACAAAAAUAAUUGGCUUUGUGGAAGAACCGACAGUUAAAGAGAAAAUGCACGUGGUUGUGUUUGUUCUUGAUGGAAUAACCUUGGGCGUCCUGUCAGAGGGGGUCGUCUCAAAACUCAAGGAUAUCAAAAGAAAGGUGGUAGACAGAAGUAUACCACAUUUAGUUUUCCUUACCAAGAUAGACAAACUUUGUAAAUUGGUGGAGAAAGACGUCAGCAAAACAUUCAUGAGUGGAGUUGUAGAAGACGCAGUCAACAAUGCCGCUGAGAUCAUUGCUCUCCCAAGAUCCCAAGUACUUCCGGUUAAAAAUUAUGAGAAAGAAACUACUCUCAAUACGGAUAUAAACAUUCUUGCUUUGACGGCUCUCCGCAAGUCGUUGGUGUUUGCAGAUGACUUUCUGGAGAACCAGUAUGAUUGGCAACAGGAUAAUAUGCAGAUAUUAAACAAAAGGGACUGAGUCUUUCAAAGCAUUGGUCUGAUCCUAAAUGAAUGGGAUUACAUAGUUUGAAAUAGUAUUGUACAUUUAAUCUCAUUUCUAUUUGCAAAUAGAUGUAGCCGGUUUAAAGGUAAAACCUAAGACUGUGAAUACAUGUAUAUGAAUCUGAAAUCCAAUCAGUGGUAGAUGGUCACAUAGUAUUGAAUAAAUAGGUACUAAAAAGUUUUAAAUUGUUUUAAUACAACUAUUAUCAAACACAUUGCAUAUAAACAAAAAACCAACGCCAAAAACUGAUAAAAGACGAUUUAAAAUUUACCUUUUUUUCUUUACGUUCUUUUUCUUGACUGACAAUAUGUCCCGAUUUUAGUCAUUUUUUUUUAAUUUUAGAUAUUAUCAAGUGCGC